GCCGCAUCUCCAACAUCCACCUGGAUAUCGACCACCAUCUCCCACUCCCACGGCUCAGUCCCAGAUUCUCUCCCCCAUGCGCCGACCUUCAUAGAGCCGCUCUUGAACAGCAUGCCCGCACUGGGCGACCGCAGAAUCCCAUCUGCACCGGCCUUAUGUCCCUAAAACCACCCCUCCUCCAACACCAACAACCACCACCACAAGGCGACCAAGACCACGACUUUGAGAUUACGAUUCGCUUCUCUGCCUCUCUCCCCGACCUCCUCCUCUCGAUCCCCGCCUCUCUCAAUGCAAACACGGCCACAUUGAAACAACUCAUUCGCUCGCGUCUCCCAGAUGCACACGCCAAACACCGCAUUCGGUUGAUUCAUGCGGGCAAGGCCCUGGUGGACGAUGUCCCGCUUACCGUCUCGUUGAAGAGGAACGUCUCCCGGCCACCGAGUCGGAUCGGCACGCCCGGCCCUUACGACGACAGACCGAAUGGCGCAGCGGCUGGCAGACCUGGUGACGGGAGAGGAGAAAAUGGCAAAGGCAAACAACCCAUGCGAGAUCCGCCGUCGCAGUCCCGAAUCUACAUCCACUGCUCGAUCGGAGAUAUUGUCCUCUCCACCGCAGAGCUGGCCGCCGAAGCCGCCAUUGCCGCCACCGCUCAACCGACAGAGGGCCAAGAUGGGGACCAGGCGGGCGAUCCAAAUCAGCAGCAGGCCGCUCCGACCACCACUACAACCACCCCUGCGCCGCGCGGCUUCGACCGUCUCCUCAACGCCGGCUUCAGCGCCGCGGAGGUGCAGUCGCUCAGGCUCCAGUUCCUCGCGAUCCAGGCGCACACGCACACGCCGGACACCAUGCCGUCGCCCAACACGCUGAGGAACAUGGAGGACCGCUGGCUCGACAACUCCACGGGCGCAGACGGCGACCUGGGCGCGCAGACGGGGUCCACGGGCGCUGCGGGGAUCGGCGGCGAGGACGACGCCCAGGCCGGGGCGCUGGACGACAUCAUCUGGGGCACGGCCAUGGGCUUCUUCUGGCCCAUCGGGUGCCUGGUGUGGGGGGUGCGCGAGGAAGGGAUCUGGAGCCAGCGACGCAAAAUGGCCGUGAUUGUCGGGUUUCUGCUCAACGUGGGACUGGGGAUUAUCAGGUAUACGGGUUGAGGAUGCCGCGGGACCACGAAAAGCUGUGGAUGGAACUCGGGCUGGGACGCCAAAGAAAAUCUUAACGACGAACACGCCGUGUCUCGACUUGGGAAAAAACCAUACAUGUGUAGACGUUGUAUCACCUAGAGCACACUGUAUAAUUUCUUGCUUUUAUAACUUUGGGAGUGUGCCGACCGGACUGAUACCCAUAGAGACUUCUGAAGCAAAGGCUUCUAUCGAAGGCGGCCAUCCAACGCCUUCUGAACGCCUGCGCCAUCAAUUCAUAUGUACGACGGUCAAGGAUGAUGACCGCCAACAGUCAAUCAAAU